UAGUACACGAUGAUAUCAAUGAGCACAGUCUCUUUAAUUGAAGCCAAGCUGCUGUUUUAGGGGGGACCGAGCUACAAAGUAGCUUUGAUUUACAAAUAUCAAUCAUGUCAGAACAUGCAUUUGUCACCUUAGCUACAAACGAUAGCUAUGCAAAGGGAGCUAUGGUGCUUGGGAAAUCCCUUAGGAACUACAAGACUUCAAAAAAGCUGGUGGUGCUCAUUGGACCUCAUGUGUCAGAUCAGUCCAGGUCUGUGCUUCAUAAGAUCUAUGAUGAAGUCAGGCUGGUGGAUGUGAUGGACAGUGGUGACACAGCACAUUUGGCCAUGAUGAAGAGACCUGAUCUUGGUGUCACGUUUACCAAACUGCACUGCUGGACACUCACAUACUACUCUAAAUGCGUCUUUAUGGACGCAGACACGUUGGUUGUAUCAAACAUAGAUGAGCUGUUUGACAGAGAGGAGUUUUCUGCAGCGCCGGAUCCGGGCUGGCCCGAUUGCUUUAACUCUGGUGUGUUUGUGUUCCGGCCGUCUAAUGAAACCUACGGCAAACUUCUCCAGUACUGCACAGUGCACGGCAGCUUUGAUGGGGGGGACCAAGGAGUCUUAAACGGCUUCUUCAGUGACUGGUCAACAGCUGACAUCACCAAACAUCUCCCUUUCAUCUAUAACAUGAGCAGCAUAGCAAUCUACACUUACCUUCCAGCAUUUAAACAAUAUGGCGCAAAUGCAAAAGUUGUCCACUUCCUGGGGCAGAUGAAGCCAUGGAGCUACACUUAUGACCCCAAACAGAGGAGAGUGCGAGGGGAUGUCCAGGACGCGACCUCUCACCCCAGUUUCCUCCUGGAGUGGUGGAUUCUCUACAGUAGUGAAGUCGUGCCCAUGCUGCUCAGAGCGUAUGGAGACCUGCCCUUCCACUCCGGCUGUGAGGAGGAUGUUGCACAGCAGGCUCUGUCCUCCAUGACCUCAGCAGAGCGCAAGCAGAAGUGGGAACAAGGUCAGGCCGACUACAUGGGAAUAGACUCUUUUGACAACAUUCAGAAAAAGCUUGAUGUUUUCCUCAAAUAAAAAUAAACUGUUGAAAAGCAAUUGAACACUAUUAAUGCUCACCUACAGAGUAAAAUAAAAAAGCAUAGACACAUACUGUUACAGUUCCUUUGGGAAGCAAGUGAGCGCAUUCUUUCAGCUAUGCAAUACUGUCACACUGCGCUAAAUCUCCUAUUCUUUCUUUUUUAUACACUGUGAAGCUUUUGUGAGUUGCAAUCAAAUUUUUGGAUUUAUAACGGGAGUUUUUCAGAGUUUCGGGUCACCCACCUGCCUGCUUUUUAUUUCGCAUAGUCAUUUAUAUUGGCACUUUUAGGCCUCCUCUGUGAACAAAGUUUGAAUUGCUUCAAGUAAUAAUAAUGUUCUUCAGGCGUCCUAAGUUCGAGUCCCACCUUGUGGUCCUUUUCUGAUCCGGCCCCUCCUCUCUCCCACCUCACUUCCUGUCAUCUCCCUACUGUACUGUAUAGACCACUUCAGAAAAUGUUAACACUGGUCCAGCAGGGCUUUCAAUUUUUAUUUUAUUUUUCAAUCUUACAUAUAUAAUAAAAUCUUAAAGGUAUUCAUUUAAAUUUUUAAUUCGGCUAUAAAUGUUCUGUUGGUUGUAUUUUGUUCAAACGUUUGUGCGGUGUUAAAAAACUGAAAUAGGAAGUUCUUCUGGAUCAGGGUUGUUUAAUCUUUCCGAAGUUGUCUAUGAUUUGAGGCAAAAAGCCCCAAAAUAAAUAUUUAAAAAAUAAUAUUGUUGCCAACCUCAGCACUUUAAAAAAAUAUUCAAAUAAACAUAUUUUAAUAUUGCCUCCUUUAAACCAUAUUCAUACUUUUUUUAUAAACGUUUCCCUAAAAUCUAUUAUCUUUAAGUCAUUUUUUUAAACCUUUUUUUUGUUGUUUUUACCUUGUGUGAAUUACAGCUGAUGUUACUGUUUUGCGAACUGUGUUUUCAAUUGUUCCUUUCACCUUUUAAUGUGUAUUUUCUCUGUCUUUUGUAUCUCUGUUUAAAUUUCAUCCAGUGUUACGGGGUCUCUGCGUCCCUCAACUGUAAAAUAAAGCCUUUUUAAAAAUGAAGAGUCGUUUAUUUAAUUUAUUACAGUUUAUUAUUGUAGAUGAAAUCCAGGGCACUAUAGAAAUCCAUUCUAGUAGUGCAGAAAAUAAAUUUACAUCAAUUAGGAUUACAAAAACAAGAAGGACAAUGAAUUUGAGCUCUAAAGGACAAAUGUGCCGUUUCUUUACUGUAUCAGGGAUAAGACAAAUGAUACAUUUGAAGUUGAUCAAG